GUAUCUCUGCGCGAAUCGUGCAAAUAGUACAAUUACUUUCUUUUUUAUUAGGAACAGGGGACGUUCUAGGCAAUUUCAGUGAGUGCAGUGGUCAAUACAAGGUGAAUAAAUUAUUAUAUUCUGACGCAUUUGUGGUGUGCAGUUUUAAGAUUGGCAGGUUCGUGGGGGGGCGAAAGAUGUCACUUCGCGGAGUGAUACAGUGCAAAUGAGGCCACAUCGGCAGUGACGCGGUCUCUAGUGUUCCUGGUCAACUUCGCAGAGAAGGGACUGAAGCUAUACGUCUAUCGAAUAAUUUUCCAGCACUAAACAACGAUACAUACGUUGACUACAGUUAUUUUGCCAGUCACGAGGGGGAACAGUGACUAUUUAGUAAUUCAUAUUUUCCAAGUUCGAAGACCUAACAUAAUAAAAUGGCCGACCAACUGACUGAGGAGCAGAUUGCUGAGUUCAAGGAGGCGUUCUCACUGUUCGACAAGGACGGCGAUGGCACCAUCACCACCAAGGAGCUGGGCACUGUCAUGCGCUCUCUGGGACAGAACCCUACUGAGGCAGAACUACAGGACAUGAUCAACGAGGUAGACGCUGAUGGUAACGGGACGAUCGAUUUCCCAGAGUUCCUGACAAUGAUGGCAAGGAAGAUGAAGGACACAGACAGCGAGGAGGAGAUCAGAGAAGCCUUCAGAGUCUUUGAUAAGGAUGGGAACGGCUACAUCAGUGCGGCAGAGCUGCGGCACGUCAUGACCAACCUCGGGGAGAAGCUCACAGACGAGGAGGUGGACGAGAUGAUCCGCGAGGCCGACAUUGACGGAGACGGACAGGUCAACUAUGAGGAGUUUGUGCAGAUGAUGACAGCCAAGUGAAGUGGACUGUGCUCUCACACAUUUCUCUCUCUUACAUUGCUUGUCCUCCUAAGAUCACUCUGUCUUUAAGAAAACAAACCAAUAAUCAAGCCAAAAUGUACAACUAAAAAAAAUGAUUAAAUGUAUAAAAUUCUUUAAUCAAAAUAA